UGUCAUUAAAAGAUAACAUAUAAACCAGAUCAAGAAUCAAGCUUCUAUUCAAACGAAUUUCAGCAUUAUUUCUAAACAUUUUGCAAUAUUUAAUAUGAAUAUAAAUUGAUUGUCGCAUUGCAUAUAAUAACCUGUUACCAACAUCGCGAUAAGAAACGUAAUCCAGCUGGCAAAUGACAGCUGCUUGUUUUAUUAUGGUUAUCUGUCGUUAUCUGUUUAUGAAUAAAUUUUUAUUUUCUACGGAGAAUUAUGAGUAAGAUGUGAUGUUAAUCAGACAAUUAGCAAGAAACAGUCCUCCUUUAAUUUAUUAUUGGUUCAGUUAGAAAAGAGGACAGAAUGUUAUCUGCAUUUAAAAGAUUAGCUGGCAAAUCUGAUGGAGUCGGCAAUGUAUCUCCAAGACCGGCUCAUCAGUCCAUGCCAACAAUGUUACAAAGAAAAUUUGCAAAAGGUGUACAGUAUAACAUGAAAAUAAUUAUAAAAGGUGACAGAAAUGUGGGAAAAACUUGUCUAUUUCAUAGGCUACAAGGCCAAAAAUUUAUAGAGGAAUAUAUACCAACAGAGGAAAUACAAGUAACCAGUAUACAAUGGAAUUAUAAAGCUACCGACGAUGUUGUUAAAGUAGAAGUUUGGGAUGUUGUAGAUAAAGGUCGACGUAGAAAAAAGUUAGAGGGUUUGAAAAUGGAUAAUUCACAACCCGAAAACGUUAUCGAUGAGCCUGCGUUAGAUGCAGAGUUUCUAGAUGUGUAUAAAGGGACCAAUGGUGUUAUCAUUAUGAUGGACAUUACAAAGUCUUGGACGUUCGACUAUGUACAGAGAGAACUUCCAAAAAUUCCCAGUCAUAUACCAGUCAUUGUCUUAGGGAAUCAUUGCGACAUGUCACAUCAUAGAACAGUAACGUCGGAUCAUGUAACAUAUUUUAUCGACUCGUUACACGAAAGAAAGGCUCAAGUAAGGUAUGCAGAAUCGUCGAUGAGAAAUGGAUUUGGAUUAAAAUUGUUGCACAAAUUUUUUAAUCUUCCUUUCCUUCAACUACAACGGGAAACGUUGUUGAAGCAGCUCGAUACCAAUGAAGAGGAGACACGUUUGACAGUACAAGAACUCGAUCUCUUCCAGGACAGCGACGAUGCCAAUUAUAAUAAAUUUUUGGAUAAUCUUGUUAACAGAAGACGAGCGAUUGCUGAUUCUGUCUCUGCCAGCAUUCUAGUCUCCAAUGUUCCACCUUCUUUGAGCAAUCAUAAUAUGUCAUCUUCCAGUGGCGGUGCAAAUGUAAAUUCUGAAGUUAAGAGAUCGUUAUCCAUGCCUGGUCCUAUCGGAGGUGGUAUUCCGAUUCCGGUAAAAAGUAUGGACUUGAAAUUGUUACCAAAGAGGGAGAACUUUAUAAACGCUUCUGAGAAUCAAGCAGUUCCUACUAAAAAUUCGUCGGCUGCGACAACCAUGCCAAACGCUUCGAAAAUAGAUUCUAAGGAUGUGAUUGACAAUUCCGACAGACGUGACUCUGUCAGCAGACCGCAGUCGUUCAUGUCAAAGAUAUUUGGUAACAAAAAGGAAGACGAAGUAGACAGGGGAAUGCAUAUUGACAACACGAAUACGAACUCCGUACCAUUGACCAGCGUUGAAGAUUUUGUGCCGGACGACGGACCAUUAGAUCGAUCGUUCUUGGAAGAUGGUAGCCAAGUUUCACCACAAAAGAUGCAGCAUCAGGAGUUUGAUUCUGAAAGCGAUACCGAGACUGCAAACCCUCUGGUCGCCGGCUACGAGGAUGACUUAUCAUCAGCCGAUGAAGCAACGCCUCCUAUUCAGCCUAAACUGGCUGAGAAUCCAUUAAGCAAACAAAAACACAAACGCGAGAUUUUAACGAAUGCGGAAACGAACUCUGAAAUCUUACGAGAAAAACGUGAUUCCAUUUCGUCUAUAGAUCAGGAAUUACAAAUAUCAAACAAUUACGACACGAACGAGCAACAAGAGAUUAGUUCGGAUUCGUUCGACACCUUGCAGUGGCUUCAGCGCGAUUCGAAAUGGAGACAGAGCCCUGAGGGCGGCGAAGACGUAAGCAGUAACAGCACCAGGAAAGAUAGAUUAGAGUUGAGUGAUAAAAGUUUGGACGUUAGUGUGACAAGUUCCAAUGUCCAUUUAGAGCUACUCGACAGCACCAGCGUUCGUCAUAUGAGUUCGGAUGGUGGCAGUCCAGUUUUGAAAGAAAAGAAGAAGCACAAGGAGAAGACGGAAGAGAAGGAAAAGAAGAAAAAGAAAAAGACGAAGGAUAAAGAAAAGGAGAAGGACGGAACGGAUAAAGCGGGAAGAAAGAAGAAACGUUCAUCGCAUCGCUCGAGAGAUGAAAACAGGGAACGCGACGAACUCGAGGAAUUUCUUAAUGGUUCUGCGACUAGAAUUAACGUCGACGUUGCCUAUGAGGCGAUAUAGCGUACUUCUUGAACAACUUUGUAUUUUAAACUAUUAACGUUGUCUUCUGGUAAGACACAUACAACCUGAAUUAAUAUUGAAUUAAUAUUGAAUUGUCACACAUAAAUGUCGUAUUAAGUCUUGCAAAUAAGUUUAAUGCAAGCGAUAUCCGAUGUAAAACUUCUGUUACAAUUCAUUAUAUGAUACAUGUUAUAAACUGUAAUAUAAGAUUUCUAACAAAUCAUUUUUUAAUUUAUAUCUUCGAUAACAAUUAAUACACUAUAAUGUAUGUAAUAAAUCAGCAUUCCAUAAACAUCUGAAGCAAACAUCUAA